AUGGUCCACUUCGCAUACAGCCAUAUAGCUUUCGUCACUCUGUUGACAUUUGCAACUGUAAAAGCAGAUCAACCGUGGAGUAAACAGCGCAUCACAGAUAUGCUUUCUAUUACCAACAACAAUAUACACGGAGUCAAGCCGGUGCUGGAUGAUGCAGAAAAGGCAGUACAAAUUCUUAAAGACAAGAUUCUCAGUCAAAAUGCAAGCUUACAAGGAGAUUUAGAAAAGUAUAUGAACUGCCUGAGAACUGCAUACAAAUACAUUUGGGGACAGGAAGCAAUAAACAGGAUUGCAGUCCGUCUAGCCAGAACAGGUCAAUCAAUGUACGAAGACACGGUGGAGUGUUGCCAAAAAAUAACUUUAGAAUAUUAUUAUAAGACGGAGGAGUUUCCUAUAGAAAAUUGUUUCAAAAAUAUGCCUUCAGCGCCCCAUGAAGAUCUGCAUCAAAUGAAUUUGUUAACCCGAACACUAUUCGAUCACAAGCACUGGGUUAGCAUUGAAGUUUUUUUCAAGCAUCUAUACGAAACCCAAUUGAAGGAGUUGGCAGGCUAUUGAAGAGAAGUACCAGGAUGAAUAUCCAAGUUGGCGUAACACUGGAUACAUGCAGAUUGUAAACGUUUUCGUAAAUAAUUGUUUCAUUUCCAAUUAAAUAAAUUAAAUAAAUCACUUAUGUGCUACACCA